GACAUCGGUCGGACUCGGCGCCCCACGCUCGCGGCGCCCGAAGCCGACUGACUAAAUACACAAUGAAAUGCGCAAAGCUGCAGCUCCAAGACAGAUCUAAAUCAAGAACAAAAAUAACUAACGAAAAGCCUAGAAGGUUUUGUCAAAAACGCAUGGUUAAUCCAGAUCAUGAGGAAGAUACGCGGUGGACUGACAUUUUCGAUAGGUUCCAUUGCAACAAUACCGACAAUGAUGAUGUAUUAACAGAGACAAAUGAAAUUGGACUACCUCACCAAUUUCGAGAGGACUUAUUCCUUUCAGUGCAAAAUAUACAGUUUCAAGGAAGCGUCGAUCAACGGCGUAGACCGCGGACCAGCUUUAAAUUCAAAACUUUACCUAACAACCAACAACACCGCAUGUUUGUUAAGCAAAUAGUAGAUGAUUUCGAUCCACUAUACGAAAGCCGUUGUUCAGAACUCAGUGAUUAUUUCGAUGAUUACUCAAAAUACUUUUCAAAUAAUGAAAGCUCUCGGCCAUCUUCUGGGAAAUCUAGCAUCGUCCUGUUUUGUUUAAAUAAUAAAAGUAAGGAAAAUAAAGCUACGCAAGUAGACUUAAGAACAACUGACCCUAGAAGAAAACAUAAGUUUGAUCUAAUCAAAACAAAAAAAGGCAACAAAAAAAAUGCUAAGAUAAACAUUGAAGACGAUACCAAAAAAGUUCAAGAUGAUAACACUGAAGAUACCAGAAUUGCAUUUCACAAAAAUGGAAAAAGGAAAAGCCUAACUAUAUCAAGGGCGGAGAGUCCCGCAACAGUUCAAGUCAUAAGAGUGGAUGUAGUAUGUAAUUACAGCUCAAGCUCCACUAUGUCUGAUUAUGAAGAUAAUAAAAAACCACAGCACGCCAUUGACACGGAACAAGAGGAUCCGAACAUUCAAACUAACCAUAAAAAGUCUCGCUUUGUCAAUAAAUAUAUGUUGACUAACACGGUUAAAACAUUAGACCAAAACGUUUCAGGUGGAAAAGUAACAUUGAUGUGUAAAACUUUUAAAUUAACUAAUCGAUCAAGAAUUGUAACAGAAAGCAAAUCAAAAGCUAAAAAUAACUGAAUU